UCCUCCUUGAAUUCGCCACGUAGAAAUAGUUGACAUCAGAGGUUCGUAAGAGUAGGUUGUGUGGCUGUUUCUUCUAAGCCGUCAAACCUUGUGUUUAGUCUUCGGUGCCAAAAAUGAAGGUGAAAGAGAUAAGUGGGACAGGCAGCAUAGCCUGGUCCCCGAGUGAUGUUUUACCAGUGUAUCUGGCCAGUGGGACAGCAGCACAGCAGCUGGAUGCUAGUUUUAGUACAAAUUCAACACUCAGUUUGUACAACUUGAAUAUAGCCCAGUCUAACCUAGAAACAAAAGUUGCUGCUUCAGUCGAAUCACCAGGAAGGUUCUAUUCCGUGCAGUGGAGUGUUGCAGAAGGUAAGCCAUCUGGCUUGAUUUAUGGUGGCUGUGACAAUGCUUCCAUCUAUGUUUAUGAUGCUUCCAAAUUGCUGGCAGGGGAUGCAGAUUAUUUGCUGGGAAAAACAGAAGGGUUGCAUUCUGGUCAGUUUUACCUUUCCAUUUCAUCCAACCCCUACAGGUUAAAAAAUCUUAUUGCAUCAGGAUCUUCCGAGUGUGAAAUUUCAGUAUGGGAUAUUAAUAAAUUAGAUACUCCAAAUUCUCCAGGGAAAAGACCAGCAAUAAGUGCUGAUGUCAGCUGUGUGUCAUUCAACAGACAAGUUGCCCAUAUCUUGGCAUCGACAUAUGCAGGCCAUUGUGUUAUGUGGGAUCUUAGGAAACAAACUUCUAUCAUUUCAAUAUCAGAUACUGUAUCGAGGAUGAAGUCCAAAAGUAUUUGUUGGAACCCAAGUGUAGCUACACAGUUGUUACUAGCAAGUGAUGAUGACAGCACACCAUGGGCACAGAUUUGGGAUUUACGUUAUGCUAACCAGCCAAUCAAAACUCUUCAAGGCCAUCAGCGAGGCAUCUUGAAGGCAAUGUGGUGUGCUCAGGAUGACAAUCUUUUGAUUACAGCAUCUAAAGAUAACAAAAUAUAUGUUUGGAAUCCAAACUUGACCAACGGUACUGAAAUAGUGGGCGAGUUUCCUUCGUAUAAUCAGUGGAGUUUUGACAUGGACUGGUGUGGGCGAGAUCCAUCUCUGGUUGCUAUGGCAUCUGUCGAUGGCUAUGUUAGUGUAUAUUCAAUUUUGGGUGGUGGCCUGCCACCCACCCAGACUGACAAGUUUUCGGCCAUAGCAGACUCAUUUCCAGGAAUGGAGAUGCCUGCCGUUGCACCACAAGGUGUAUCUCCGCAGCCCAUCCAGUUGAAGUAUGCUCCUAAGUGGUUCCCUAAGCCUGCUGGCGCUCGAUUCUGUUUUGGUGGACGAUUAGUUUCAUGGAACAGUCAGACACGUGGGGUGGCAAUAUCCCAAGUAGUUACGGAGCCCGAAUUGAUUGAGCGAAGCAGACAGCUUGAAGAGUCACUUUCUCAAGGCCAAUUAGAUAUGUUUUGUUAUGCAAAAGCACAAAAUGCAGCUCAGACAUCAAAUCAGGUACUGUGGAAUUUUUCCAAUGCAAACUUUGAAGAAAAAUUAUGGCAGACCAUUGGUGCAAACUUUGGGCAGUCUCCUCGUGCCAAUUUUAUGGAGAUAUUGGGAUAUUCCAAGACUCAGGUGUCAAGCAGGCUGAAACCAGCUGCACCAACACCUGUAGAAAAUGGAGUGAGUCCUGAAGAUUUGGCUGAUAAGAUGGCAAGCCUUGCAACCACUAGGAGAAUGCAAACAAACAGCCAAGGGUGGUUGGUUGUUCCAGAUGGUAGUACUGGCUCUCUCGACCCAAGUGAGCAGUUUGAAAUGAUAGCUUCAGCGCAGUCAUUUGAAGCUGAGCAGGUUGUGGAACCUGAGGUUCAGGCUACGCCAGAGCCUGACCCUGAACCUGUUGUGCAGAAGAUGUGUUUGGAUCCCACAGAAGUAGGAGAAAACAGUCAAGGCCUUCUUACUCAAGCUCUCCUUAUAGGCGAUUUAGAGUCGGCUGUUGAUUUGUGUGUAAAGCGAAAGUUGUAUCCUCAUGCACUCAGCCUAGCUGCUCAUGCUGGACCUGACUUAUUUGCAAAAACUCGAGACUUAGUUCUGAGUGGGAUCGAGUGUAAUGUAGCUCCCACAAUCAGUGCAAUAGUUCAAGGAGAUUUGACAAGUAUCGCAAGUAGUUGCAACAUUGCACAUUGGAAAGAGGCUCUGACUGCUCUUCUCACUUACUCAGAUGAUCAAACCUUCCCAGGCUUAGCAGAGACUCUUGGAGAACGUUUAGAAGCAGAAGGGAAUCCUGAUUGUUUGCCAUCAGCUGUAAUAUGUUAUGUAAUGGCUGGAAGUCUAGAUAAGUUUGCUGCCUGUUGGUUGAAACUGCGACCCAGCACAAAACCAGCAGAUUUGCAGGACUUGGUGGAAGUGAUCAUGGUUCUGCAGCGGUCUCUGUCAGCUGCUGGUCAAACAGCUAAUUUGAGCGAGGGUAACACUGUAAGCUCAUUGUUAUGUCAGUAUGCCUCUCUCCUUGCUGCUCAGGGAACUCUUAACACGGCAGUCUCCUAUUUGAACUCCGCAACACAGGGUGAAAUGGUUGAACUUCGUGAACGUCUUUACAGAGCUCUUGGAUAUGCUACUGGUGCUGCACAGCAACAGCAACAUGCUCGUAAACCUAGUACUUCAUCACUGAGUGCUAGGCGAUCAUCAACUCCCUAUCAGCAACAGCAGCGUGAAGGUUGGGGUACCACCAGUCCCAUGUAUGGUGGUCCACCUUUGGCACCCCAGUAUGAGACAUAUCAUCCACCACCAGUGCAGGUAUUGUUUGGCAAUGUAACAUAUGAAAAAGAGAAGGAAAGUUUUCGUCGGGGUGCCACAGCGAGUCGGUACGUCGCCGAUCAAACCUCGGCACCACAGCCUCCUAACAUGCUUAAUCCAGCUCAGGCAGCUCCUCCAACAUCUUCAUACCUCCCAGCUUCUGGGCCAAAUCCAAGUAGUGUUCCUAAUCCCCCACCUUCAGGUAUGGGAGGAGCAGCACCCUUCUAACCAUGGCUCUCCCCCCCGGUCGGGCCUGUGUACGGGGAUCCACUUCCAGCCAAGACUCCUGCAGCUCUUGAUAACACCACUCCACGAGGAUGGAAUGAUCCUCCACCAAUCUCAGGGUCACGUAAGGAUUUCGAUGGUGAUAUUAGGCUUGGUGGAGGCCAUUCGGGUGACAAGAGGUUGCUGAAACUAAAACAGGCAAAACAGCAGCAGCAGCAACAACCACCAGCAGAUGUACCAAAAGUGCCAGAGCCAAUAAUGUGUCCUGUGCCUGGCAGUGCUGUUCCAGAACCUCCGACCCAGUUCAUGGGAUUUCCUCAAUAUGGCACUGAGGCCACAGGUCCAGUAGCUGGAGCAGUUGCCCCAGCAGCAGCUCCAGUUGCACCUGAGCCAGCUAGUAAAGGUCCCUUACCCCCAGAACAUCAGGUCAUCCAAGAUGUUCUGAAUGACCUUAGAAAUCGGUGCUGCGCAGUUGCACAGAAUCAGCAAAUCAAGUCUCGCUUAGAAGGACUGGUACCCAAAUUUGAAGCACUUUAUGAUAAGCUUCGAGCUGGACAGUUGAGUCAGCCUACAACUAGUGGUCUCCAUCAGUUUGUGGAGGCAGUUAAGACUGGUGACUACCGUCAAGCUUUACAGAUACAUGCACAGAUCAUGACCACCGGCAAUUUCAGUGAGAUGUCGGCCUUUAUGCCUUCAGUAAAACUUCUCAUUCAGACAUGUAUGCAGCUGCAAGUUUACUAUCGAUAAUAACCCAUUUUAAGAAGAUAAUUUUUUAAGUAAAUUAUAUUUCAUUGUGAAGUUAUGGACAACUCUACUUUUUUCACCCAAAACAUUGCUCUUAAGUUUGCUUAUCGGUUGCAUGCUGGGUAUUUAAUGAAAAAGUGGGUAAUAGCUCAUGAUAUAAGGUGAGUUUGAUUUUCUACCAUACUGUAUUGUUGUACUGCACUGCAUUUUUAAGACAAGUACUGAAAAAUUGCAUUUACAAUGCAGUCAGAUUGAUGCUGUACAGCCUUGGCAUUAACAUCUUGUAGAAGUUAGUUGUAGUUUUUGUAAAGAAAAUUAGGUGUAGAAAUUAGCGUGAAUUUUAGUACUUAUUUUCUAAAAGUCUGGAUGUGAAUUGAUUCUUGUCAUUUUCACAAAUUUUACUUUGCAAAUGAUGUUUAUUUAUGACUUAAAGAAAAAGCUCUUCAUACUUUUGUUAUUAUGAUUAUUUAUCUUGAGUAACGAUAUUGUAGUAAUAAACCCACUUGCAAAAUGAAUGGUCAGGGAAAAUGAGAUUAUUUAACAAUUAGCUAAUGCUAUGAAUCAUUAAGAAAGCAUGAACAAUGUCAUUUCUUAUCAUAUAGUAUGCCAAGUGUAAAUGUGUAACUAGUUACUUUGUCCAAAUAUGUGUAAAUUAACCAUUGAAAAUGGUAAUUGAAGGAAAUAUAAAAAUAUUUUUGCUUGUCUUGAAUUCAGUAGGUUUAAGCUAACAGUUCAACUGUCCUGUGCUCUUAUACAUGGUUUUUGUAAUAAAUGUUGGUUGUAUGAAUAACUUUUCAAGUAAUGUAGCAUUGAACAAUUCAACCUUCCAUGCUUCAUGCAUUCUUUUCUUGCCAUAAGGAAGAGGAUUUUUCUUGUAAAUAUGUGAAGAUCUUAGUAAAAAUGAUUUUAGGUUGUUGAAUAGUGCUUUAUGAAAUAUAUUUAAAUUUUCCAGUAAAAUACUAAAAAGUGUAUAAAAUAUUUUUUUGUUAUUUGUGGACUUUGUAGUUUAGGUAUUCAUUUACCGGAACUGUUUAUAUUGUUUUCCCUUUUGAGCUAGAACAUUAUAUUUUCACUUGAUAUUAGUAUAAAAUUAAGUGUUUUAGUUUGAAAUUUUUGUAGAAAAGGGAGAUCAGUGAAAAGUGAAAUAAAUGAAUGCCUAAGUAAA